UUAGAGGCUCUCACAUCUCACAGUUUGUUUUAACGGGAUACAAACCAGCAAAUGUUUCAUUUUACAUAAUGAGGUUAGUUCACUUGUGGACAUGAGCUAAUAAUGGAGGUACAACAAUGAUGAUGUCACUCCGAUGACAACAUGGCUUUUCUCAACACCUAUGGGUUAAUCUUUGCCUGUACCUGUGGUGUGAUCCUGGGCAUUGGGCUGUGUGCCAACCUGCUGGUCUUCUCUUUGUUUGCCAAGUACAACACACUGCGUAAGAACCGGCUCGAUAUCCUUCUGUUCAGCAUGACUCUGGCUGACUUCCUAACUCUCCUGCUCAUCCCUUUCACACUGCACUCUGCUGUAAGUCACUCCUGGCCUCUUGGUGACAUCUCCUGCAAGGUUUACCAGUUCCUGCUAGCCUUCAGUCUGGCAGCUAGCACCUAUUCGCUAUGCGCUGUGUCCAUGACCCGAGCCAUGAUCAUCACCAACCCGUACCAGCCUCCCACCCUGGAUCUGGUCAUUCUUAUGUUUGUCUUAGUCUGGGCCCUCAGCUUCUUUAUUAGCCUGCCUCUGCGAAUGUUUGCUACCAAAAAGAGCAUGGGCCCAAACCUGACGAACUUCACCUUCUGCCUUCCAACCAUUCAUGAGCACCACUACCAAGUGGUCCUAAGCCAGUUUGUACUUUACUACUUUAUUCUGAUGCUAGUCAUUGCAUUCAACUAUGUCCGUCUGGCUCUGUUUCUCCACAAGAGUCCCGUAAUGUCAGUGUCCAGUGCCAAAAACACCCGCAGAGCCUCUGUCAUGGUUUUCUUGGCUGCAGCUACCUUCUCAGUGUGCUGGCUGCCUAGUUAUGUGCUGGAGCUGUGUGUGUACCUGGGGCUGUAUCGCCACAGAGCGGCUUGGGAUAUAUUCCACUUUAUCUGUACUGUGCUCCAAUACCUGCACCCCUGUGUCAACCCAGUGCUCUAUGUGCUGCUGUCUAAGCGCUACCGCCACAGGAGGGCAGCCUGGCUCUUCAGCUGUAACAGGAACAGGGUGCAGCCGCAGGUCACCAGUGUUACCACAGACAGCCUUUAGAGUCAGCUGAUUUGUUUGUGAGCUGAAGACACCUUUUUGUUACAGUUACUGUUUGUACAAAUCAAAAUUUCUGCUGUGUCUGCCAUUUUUUUUAGUUGUUGCUGUUGUUGACAUUUGUGAUUAUUUCAGUUUCCCAUUCCAAGUGUGCGCUUUAAAUAUAGAAGUAAGUAGACAUCAAAAGUCUAUUUUCAGGCGUGACACAUCUGCUAUGUGCCUUAAAAAGCAGGAGGAAUCAGUUUCUGUAUCGCUAUCUUAAUGACGAUUUGUCUUUGAAACAAUAUCCUACUUUAUUUUUACAAAUGACUGUGAUUUCCCAUCACCAUCGGGGGGUCAAUUUUCUUUCCCCAUCAUGUUGAAAUGUGUUUGAGGAUUAAUACAGAUCUGAUUACAAUUUAUCUGUUUUAACAGAAACACAUUCAGAAGAAUCAUGAGAUCACAAUCACUAGAGAAACCGUCUGUAUUUGUGGUGUAAAUGUAAAAAUAUGUAGAGGUUUUUCAGACUUAAUACAUCAUGAAGCUUGAAUGUUUUUGUAUCCCUGUUUGGAUUUUUUCCUUCACUUUUUUUUAAGAGAAACUUUGUACACAAUCUUUCACUGUUACCUUCACUACUUACACACUAAAAUUUCAG